GUGUCCAUUGUGGGUGUAACAGGUGAUAACCGUCAAGCUGUAUCCGUGCUCAUCUCUGCAGAGGGUGUUUAGUUUAAUGAAAAGCCUUAUUUUUAUAUUUUAUUUCUAUACACUGUGACGGCCUCACGACCAGUUGAUUUGUUUUCUUCGAGGGUAAAAUGGAGAGGGACUUCACCGGUGCUGAGAACGACCUGUUUUCGCCUGCGAGGAGAAAAGAUAUUAGUGAAGACGCCGGCGCAGCUAAUUCCCACACCUCUAACGAUGAAACAGCUGCUAAUGAUGUCGCCCGAGCCAGGUGGACUCUACUGCGACAGGUGUUGUGUCAAAAACAGGUUGAUAGUCCAGAGGUGAAGCAGGUGUCUGUCCGCAGGUUUGCCACCUUUGACCUUUUCCACAGGAUAAAGCUUAUGACAGAGGACCCAAGUAAUACCUCAGAUGACCAAUGGGUGGAGUACAGAAGUGUCUCCUUUCCUAAGUACAGUGCCUUACUUAGGGACAACUUGGGGCCUCUCAGAGUUAAUGAAGUGCUGAACAGUUUUGACAACACCGGUAACGUCUGUGUGUGGCCUUCUGAAGAAGUGAUGGCUCAUUACUGUCUGCAGAAAAGCCACAUAUUUAAGGGUGCUGUGUGCGAGUUAGGAGGAGGUAUGACUUGUCUUGCUGGCCUCAUGGUUGCCAUUUGUGCUGACGUGAAAGAAGUUCUGCUAUCAGAUGGGAACGAGAAGUCCAUUCAGAAUGUCCGAGAGGUGGUCGAGAGAAACAGGCAAGCUGGAGUGUUUGGGUCAACACAUGUAUCAGCCAGGGUAGUGCGAUGGGACUGUGAGUCAGACAUCUCAGCAUUAGAGGGACAUUUCGACAUCAUCAUGUGUGCAGACUGUUUGUUUCUCGACCAGUACAGAGAGAGCCUGGUUGAUGCUAUAAGGAGAUUACUGCAACCCAAUGGCAUGGCGCUGGUGUUCGCCCCACGACGAGGUGACACUCUUGGACUGUUCUGUCAGCUGGCCCAGCAGGCUGGACUCUGCCUCUCUCAACACCAGCAGUAUGAGGCUCAGGUCUGGGAUGUGCACUUAAAGAUGUUAAGAGAGGGAAAAGACGCCUAUGAUGAGAACAUCCAUUAUCCUCUGCUCAUCACCUUGACCAAAAGACCUCUGCCUGUCAGCCACAUUCAGUAAACCAAAAUAAGUGAGCCCUCAUCUCCACACAGUACACCCGCUUUCAGAUUUUUAACACAGAGUGAUAUACUUUACUUAUUAAAGAGGAAGAGCUGAAUAGCAGUAUUAAAAAUAGCUCUUUACCCAAGUGUUUUCAGUUUGUAACUGGCAAAAAGAACAAAGUCACCAGCUACAGAGAUGAGUUGAUAUCAGAUGAUGCACAAUAUUGAGUUAAUUCUUUCUUUUUUGAGGAACAACUUUGGUUCCAAGCAGAGGAUAAACCAAAAUGUGCUGUGGCUUGACAACAAGGAAAAAUGAGACAUAUUCCAGCCUAUCAAUCAUAUGCCAAAUACCAAGUCUGUUAAUCUAUAGAGUAUUCUUCAGUCAUUCAAAGUGAUGCUGUUGUUCAGGCUGUACUUACUGUGUUAUUUUUUUUUUUUUUGCCAAAGGAGGAUUCAUGCAACUUUUGCUGUGUUUGCUUAAGUCAGUUUAUAAAGUCAGAUGACCUGCUUGAAUGUGGGGAAUAAUAAUGCUGCCAACUGGCACAAGUUGCACUGAUAACUGGCAGGAUCCUACACGAUCACAAAUGAACCCGCCAGACCGCCUCCAGACAUGCAGAUACAGUCUCAGAUCAGUAAGUGUUUCUUUCAGUGAAUAAGUCACCCGAACUGUACGAGGUGUUACUCGAUAACCAGUUAGUAUUAACCUAAACCACUGUGUUUCUGGCCCCAGCACAGAACCAGCUAUGACUCAUGAACCAUCACAGACUAUGAAGCAGCUUAUAUUUCCCCUCUGUGAUCUGUCAUUUCAUGAUUUUAUUUUCUGUGAACUUUUUAUGCAUUACUUACAGCCGUACAUAAUGCACAUUCAGACAAGGUAGCAAUGAUUACGGUUCAGGUGUUGCGGCAUAGAUGCUACACAUCAGCAUUGCCAUGGAUACACGUCUCACAGUUGCAGUUUUAUUUUACACAGCUCAGUCAGUGUUAUAAUCUGUGUUUACAGUAUCCAUCAGACCCUGAGUUGGCACCAGUUUCAACUCUGCCUUCUCUACCAACGCUGGUUUGUCACAAAAAAAGAUACCAGUUGGUGAUGCUCCCAAACACUGUUGCACUGUUUUGUCUCUCACAGCUACACAACCUCAGUUUUGUUGUCUCCUGCUGGUGUUGUGUCUGCUGUCAUGACUCCUUUAGCUUGUAUUCCAUUUGGUUGCUGGGCAUCAAAAGCAGUUGAAAACAGUGGUUGGGUUGGCAGGUUGGACCAAAUGUGUCACUUCAUUUACUGGAGCUGAUAUGCAACACUCUGAUCUUGCGGCAGCUGCUUAAAACUGCUAACAGCUCCUUGUCUGAGUACACCUUCUGAAAGUGAGAGUUUCUAAAAUGAGAGACAAAUUCUCUAAUUGCAAACAUUAUGAUGAUGACAGAACAGAAACUCAUGGAAUAGUUUUUUUUUUAAAAGUCUGAAUUGCCGAUUAUUCAGAAGGUUUCAUUUGCUCCUGUGUGUGUAUACAGACUUCUUAAAGUCUUGCAAAGUAAGUGCAUAAAAGUGUCCAUUUUGAGUUCUUUAAGUCCCUAAAUCUCCAAACAGCCUCACAGACAAAACCUCCCACACACUUUCAGACCAUUGCUCCCCUAUUACCUCUUUCACUUUACUUGAAUUUGUAGAGCAGUCCACCUUUAAACUCAGGUGUUUUCCCAUACAGUGUUUUGUGGUAGUAAAACACACUAGGUGUUAUUAGGGGUCACUUUAACCCUUGAGUUAUUCAUACGAGUAAAGUGUUUCCAUAUUUCACUGUGAUCUUUUGCUGUUUUUUCGGCAGCCAAAAAGCUAUGCAGUCUGUCGCAGUGGCCGACAUUUACAUUCAGAAAUAAGAGGUAUUCUCUGUGUGUUACCACAAAGAAAAUGUACAUCUAGCUAGUUUUGUUAGUGGUCUCAGUGCUUUGAGGACUGAAAUUGCAUUGCAAAAAACUUAGAGGAUGCAGGAUUGCAUUUAAUUAGUUUUUCUGUUUUGUUUUUAAAUGCAUUUUGCUGAAUGAAUACGUUUGUAUAUCUGUGGACUUGUGCAUAACUACAAUCUCAACGACGACUGUGUACAGUGAUUUUGUCACUGUGUAGUGCAAUAUCACUACUGCUGACGGUGAUGUGAUUUUAACUCAAUGAUGUGACACCGUUGUUUACUGUGACAUCCCUGCUGGGUUGCUGCUUCUUGACAUCACUGCCUCUGUUAGUGGCAUCAUCUUAUCCUGGGCCACCCACUGUUUGCUGUAAUGUCAUGUCUUUGCAGUGAUGUAGUCACUACUUGUUGCGAUGUUAGUGCUGCAUGCUACGACACUUCCACCUCUCACUGUGACCUAUCCAGACAGUCCGGGAGCCACUGAGAGUGUUGUCUAGAGAUCAUGUAACAAAUAUGAACUGUAAAUGCCUUCUUUAAUAUAGAAAUACAGUUGGCGUAGAGAAGACAACAGAUGAGAAUCUGUUUUGCAGCUAAAUAUGAUGAACAUUACAAAUUCCCAGAAUCCCACAGAAUCUUCAAUUUUAAGGUUAAUAUCGAAGUUGCUCUAUUGUCUUGAUAUCAGUCUGAAUUUUUAGGUUUGUUACCUACUUAGAGGCCAUGUCUUCACUAAUACAGAUACAUUUGAAACUGCAUUUGCCUUUUCCCAGUUCUGACCUGCCAUCUAUACUCAUUUUAUUUUUACCGAAGACGAACUAACAUGCCUAAAUUUAACAUUAAACAUUUGUCAGUGCUGUUUUUUUUUUCUUUUACUAUUUUAACUGUUCCUUAAAUAGUUUAUAAAGGACCAGUUAAAUACCAUCAAAAACAAGACAAAAUGAACGAAACUCUCCUGUUUUUUGGCCAAAUUAAUGCUGGUAUUGCAUUUCAUAUUGACUUUUUUUAAUUUUUUAAUUAAUCUUUAUCUAACCAUGUGAACUUUGUUUACAUGCACCAAAUGUGGGUUUUGCCCUCAAAAAACAUUAAAAAAAAAAAACCAAAACAUAUUUAUCUGUUUACAUGGCUAAUGAAAAUGAAUAUUCAAACAAUAAUCAUGUUUACAUGCAACUGACUAAAUGAGGGUUUUUGCAUCAAUAUCAUAUUUUUCACACUCUUCUAUCGGUGAUGUUAAAACAUGUCAUCUAUGUCUUUAUUUCAGUUCCAUCAACAGUGUUCUUGAACAGGACAGUGCUGUGAUAUUUGUGCUCAUAUAAAAACUUGUUUCUUUCAUAAUAUUUAAAUGAAUAUGUGUUUGUCCUUCGAAUCAAAAUAUGGUUUGUGUCUGACACACAGAGCUGAUAGUUAACUAAAAAUAGACUGAGAUGCAUCUAAACCUAAAUAAUAUUGAUUUUGACAUUUUUGGGAAAUGUCAUACCUGAAAUAAGGCCUAAUCCUGGACAUCCAAACAGAAAAUGCUGUUUACAUAAUUUGGAGAAUUAUUAUAUUCUCAAUAAUAGUGGAAUAUUAACAUACAUGUUUAUUACAAAGGACAGAAGCUCAUGUACAAUUUUGUGAGAUCUAAAGCUUAUAGCCUAAAAAAAUCAGUCUAUAUGAAUAGAUUUUUUUAUUUAAA